AUGUCCUCCACUGUCCUCAUCACAGGUACCACCGCCUUCCUUGGCGCGCAUGUGGUUGAACGUUUCCUUCAUGCAGGAUGGACCGUCCACGCGACGAUCCGCUCAUCAUCCAAACAGCCCGCUCUCGAGUCGUCCCCGUUCUUCGGGCCCUUCAUCCAGUCCGGCAAGCUCAAGCUCUUCACUGUCGGGGACCUCACCACCGCCAACUAUAGCGACGCGAUCAAGGGCUGCACAGCCGUCGUCCAUGUUGCCUCGCCGGUUGAGUUCACGUCCAACGACUUUCGGAAAGACUACCUCGCGCCCGCACAGGAAGGCACACGGUCGGUGGUCGAGGCUGCUAUCAAGGAAGAGGGCGUCAAGCACAUCGUCAUGACUUCUACAUACGGCGCGGUAGGCUCGCACCAGGACGCACCGUGGAAACAGGUCGGCACCACCUUCACCGAAGCGAAUUGGAACCCCUAUACCCUGGAGCAGCUGGACGAGAUCGCUAAAACCGGCGUCAACACCAAUCCCUACUUCCCUCCGCAGUCCCUCUACUAUAUGGGCGCUAAGAAGUACGCCGAGAUUACAGCCACCGAGCUGUGCGAUGAGGCGAGGAAGAAGGGACGGGACAUCUCCUUCGCGGCUAUGAACUGUGUCAUCAUCGCUGGUCCGCCUAUCCAGCCUCAAGACUCGUUGUCGCAGGGCGGCAUGUCGACCGAGAUCUUCUACGCCCUCCUCGGCGGCAAAGACGCCCCUAUCGCCCCCGCCGACUUCCCAUAUAUGGUCGACGUCCGAGAUGCCGCCGAGGCGCACUAUCAAGCCGUCGUUCGAGAUGCCGAUGGGCGAUUCAACCUGAGCGGUGGACCGUACUCCUUCCAGCAGGUGGUGGACUUCCUGCACCAGGCGUACCCCGCCGAGUCACACCGCGUCCCGGUCGGUACGCCCGGUAAAUACGAGUACAAGGAUCCGGGAGUAUACGGCUUCGAUUCGAGUAAGAGCACGCGCGAGUUGGGUAUCAAGUAUCACACUUUCGAGGAGACCAUGACUGCGGCGUACGACCGGUUCUUGCAGCUCGAGAAGGAGGGUCUGAAGUAG